UAAAUUCCAACCACCUCUCCCUGGCAGGCAGGGACCAGCAGCUCUGCUCCCCCGGAAAUCAGCACGAUGAAGCUGUUCACCAGUCUCAUGUUCUGCUCCUUGGUGCUGGGAGUCAGCAGCCAAAGCUGGUGGUCGUUCCCCAGGGAAGCUGCGCAAGGGGCUAGAGACAUGUGGAGAGCCUACUCUGACAUGAGGGAAGCCAAUUACAAAAAUUCGGACAAAUACUUCCAUGCGCGAGGGAACUAUGACGCUGCACAGCGGGGACCUGGGGGCAAAUGGGCUUCUAAAGUGAUCAGCGAUGCCAGGGAGAACCUGCAGAGAUUCACAGACUUCUUUAAGUUUAGAGGCAGCGGCCGUGGCGCGGAGGACUCGAGGGCUGACCAGGCUGCCAAUCAGUGGGGCCGGAGUGGCAAAGACCCCAAUCACUUCCGACCUGCUGGUCUACCUAGGAAGUACUGAGCAUCCUCUGAGGACAGGAACACAGAGUUAUUAAGUUCUGUGUCCAUAGAUGCUAGUACAGGUGCAUUGCGGGUCCUGAAUAAAUGCUUAAGAAAUCUAUUUUGUUGCCCAAAAUUGGAAAGAAACGUGUUAUCUUUACUAAGAUUUGGAACCAUUGGGUGGUCAAUGAACACCAACGUGAAGGAUGAGCCUGUGCCUGUGUGCUUUGUGCCCCAGAGGUCUCUCAGGUGACCUGGGCCAGUGAGUUCAGAUCCGUUUAGUUUUGCGGAGUCUUCUGGACAAUGUGAACUCUUCCCCUGAGUAUCCCCGAGGUGGACCACGCAUUGACCAUGAUGUUUGGCUCUUAAAAUAACCAGAUACCUUUUGGGGAGCCAUGGCAGUGGUACAUCCUUUGGAGCCUUAAAUCUGGGCGUUGGGGGGACCAUUGAAGCCGUCAAGCAGGGCAGACACCCUGCACCAACCUGUCCCUGAAUAAGACCGACUCCACGCUCCCCUUGUUCUCUCCUGGCCCUGGCCUUCCGGGUUACAUUUUGCGAUUUCCAGUCCCUUCCUUGUCCAGGCCUCCUCACUCCUUGUCUGCUGUGUCCUGUCACCUUCUCUGCCCCAGGGUCUUCGUCCCCUUGGCUUAGUUCCUUGGGGUUUUAUGGCUCUGGUGGCAGGUAACAGGGCCAUGGCAGUAUUGUACAAAUGACAAAUAUAAAUCCAGCAUUACCUAAUUUUUCUGCAUUCCAUCUAAGAAAUGCCUUUAAAGCAGUUUCCUGCCACUCAAUUUUUCCUACCUUAUUUGAAGCCUAAAUGAAGAUAUAAUACCAUCCUCCUGUGAACGUUUCCUGACAGCUUUUGCACAUUUGCUGGGUGAAAAUCUUGGAACGGUGGUGUUCAUAGAGAUGAUACAGAGACCCCUUUUACCAGUCAGGGGCCAGUUAGGAGACAGAAACCAUAGAAUAAUUUGAAUAGGGAAAUUUAAAUAUAAAGAAUUAGCAACUGUUAGUAAGAUUAGCUCCUAAGAAUUCUGUAAAGAAUACAGGAAGUUAUAAAGUUUUUUUCCAAUAAUAUGCACUUUAAUAGACUCGGUCAAUAUUCUGCAAUUAAUUAUAUUCAUUCGGAUCCAUUUUACCUAUGCAUUAUGUAAAUAGCAAGUAAUACCCUGCUGUGUGUCCACAGCUAAUUCUUAAUAACAGGAAACCAGGACUCUGGCAAAUAAACUUUUAAUCCCC